GGGUUCAUAUCUUGGGAGGUUGCUUGGCGUUUGUACAAAGGUCUAGGGGUAAUCUAAGAAAAUUUGUAAAGUUUUCUCUAUCGGCAACGAAAAUCGGAAGAAUGCUGUGAAUUUCAAAUUUCUAUUUGACUGGGAAACCCAGUUUCAAAAAGAAAACGUAACAGAUAUACCUGAAUGCUGUAUCAGAAUAGAAUAUUUGAGGUAUUAAUUUAUUAAAAGACAAAAGCAGCAAAAUGCUGCAAUUUAAAUUUGGACCAAUUCUCUUAUUGUUCAGUAUUUAUGGCUUACUUGAAUGCACUGGAUCUUUGGAAAUAGAGAGGAUAGCUAUUCCUCAUGAUGCAAGUCCAGGUUAUACCCUUAAAAAGUUUCAAUGCAUGGGCAACCUCUUCAGCUUACAGCCAAGUGAUUUUUCAGAAAAUUUUGCCGUACUUAGUGAUGGAUUACUUAUGAUUACCAAGGAUGUAUCUCAUCUUAUGAACAGACCAGUCACUUUGGUGGUGCAUGAAGAACUCCCUACAGAGGAGACAAAGGAUCAUCCUGUAUCAAUACACGUUAUCCAUAAGAGCAAACUACUUAAAUUCUCAAAGGACUGCUACCAUGGUUCUGUGUUUGAAAACCAACCAGCUGGAACUGUUGUUGAAGGUCUUCAAACUUUAACAGCAUCUAAGUAUCCAAAUCAUUCAGUAUCAUAUUCGUUUAUCUCAGGAAACGAAGAUGGUUCCUUUACUAUCCAGAAGCCAGAAGUCAACAGCUCAUUUGUAUCAAUUCUCACUAACAGAGUGCUAGAUCAUGAGGUUCAGGCUGACUAUGAACUUUUGCUUCGAGCCAAUGAUUUUAACAAGGCUGACAGUGAUGAAGCUCUAGUCAAAAUAAAAGUUAAGAAUGCAAAUGACAACUCUCCACAGCCAAUUCAAGAAGUCUACAGCUUUAAAAUCCCUCUAGACACAGAAUUAUAUUCAGUCAUUGGGAAUGUCAGUGCAGUUGAUGCUGAUGGUGAUCAACCUGUUUACCACUUAAGCAGUCGCCAUCCUAAGUUUAUUAUAAUUCCAAAAACUGGCCAAAUUUUACUUAUUAAUGUACCUGAAGAGAAAUCUUAUCGAUUAAUUGUUCGUGCUCAUGAUAAUAAAAAGCCCCAAAGGUACAGCCCAGAUAUUCCUGUUUUUAUUGAAGUUGCUAGCAAGGAACUACUUUUUGAGCCAGAGGAGUCUUGGGAAGAUAAUUCAGUUGAAACAUUAAUACGUUCUAAAAGGUCAGUUCGCCCAACUCAGAGCUAUGAUUAUAAGGAAACAGAUGGUCACACUGUAGGGUUGACAAUUCUUGAGCUUGAAAAGAAAAAUCCCCAAGAAAUGUUCAAAAUUGAAAGCCCUAAUCGUUGGGUUGAUGUGAGAAGUAAUGGUGAAGUCAUUGUAAAAGAAGUUUGGGAUUAUGAACAACUUAGCAAAGACAAAUUUAUUGACUUCUGGGUGUUUGUGACAGGACCAGGAAUUGCAGAACAUGAACGACAACGUAUCAUCAUUCACCUUAAAGACGUGAAUGACGAACCUCCCUAUUUUAUCAACCGUCCACUACCCAUGCAAGCUGUGGUGCAGCUAAAUGCUCCUCCUGGAACUCCUGUAUUUAAGCUUCAGGCUAGAGACCCAGACACUGACAACAGUAUUCACUACCUGCUUGUUCGAGACAGAACCGGAGGACGAUUUGAAGUGGAUGAACGUUCUGGUGAGGUGAGAACAAGAGGAUCAGAACAGUUUAUGUUAGAUAAAGAAUAUGUGUUGUAUGUCCGAGCUGAAGAUCAAAGUGGUGGAUUAAGUCAAUAUCAGUCCACUCCAGAAGAGAGGCUGUCUAUAAUGGGAGGAAAGAGAGCUCCACAGUUUUACAUGGAAAAGUAUGAAACAACGAUUCCAGAAAACCAGAGGAAAGAUUCAGAUAUCAUUGAAGUGAGAGCAAAAUCGUUUGCUGACCGAGAGAUUAGAUACACUCUUCGUACUCAAGGUAGUGGUGCAGGCACCUUCAAUAUUGAUCCAACAAUUGGAGUUGUUAAACUUGCCAAGGAUCUGGACUAUGAAGAUCUUCGUCAGCCCAAAUCCUAUUCUUUGAUAGUUACGGCCACUGAAGAUUCUGGUGGAUUUUCUACUUCGGUUGAGCUCACAAUAAAAGUCACCGAUGUGAAUGAUAAUGCUCCAAGAUUUGAACUCCCUGACUAUCAAGCCCAUAAUGUGGAUGAAGAUAUUUCCAUUGGAACAUCCAUUCUGCAGGUUUCUGCAAGUGACUUGGACACAGGAAAAAAUUCUCAGAUUGAGUACUCCAUUGAAAGAGAUGAUUUUACCAUUGAUAAUAAAGGUAUCAUAUACUCUAACAAACGGUUAGAUGCAGAUGUCAACAAUACCUAUGUUCUGACUGUUCGAGCGACAGACAUGGGAGAUCCACCAAUGACAGGAACAGCCACUGUACGAAUUUACACAGAAAACAAAAAUGAUGAACCACCAAAAUUCAGCCAAGAUGUGUACACUCCCAACGUGGAUGAAAAUGCUGGUCCCAACACAUUAGUUACUACUGUGGUGGCAAGUGAUAAAGAUGGAGACAAUAUUCAUUUUGGUUUUGUUGGGGGAGGAACUGUAUCUGGAAUGUUUCAGAUUGAAGAGAGAACAGGUGUGAUUCGUUUGAUAAAUGGACCCAUUCAGCUUGACAAAGAUAAGUACGAACUUAACGUCACUGCUCGUGAUGAUGGAUCUUGUUGUAGGAAUGGAGCUCUCUCCACUCACACUAGUACUGCUUUGGUAGUUGUCUUUAUAACUGAUGUAAAUGACAAUAAACCUGUAUUUGAGAAUUGUGAAUCGUACGCUCCUCAAGUGGAAGAAGGAGCUCCAAGUGGAACACUUGUGAUCAAG